AUGAAAACGACAGAUUCAUCCAUUGGCAACAAGAAUAACAAAUGGACAUGUCUGAUUCACCUGACAUUUAUCAUUCUUCUCGUCUCUCUCUGUGUCAUUAUACCCGUUGUCAGCAAUACAGUUAGCGCCAUCCCGUAUUGGGCCAUCCUCAUCCUGUUCUUGGUGCCGUUUGCCAUCUACAUGUCUCUUUUGAUCAUCAGUCGAAAACUGAGUGCGGCGACAAACGUGCCUGUUGCCGACAUGGAACAAGAUCAAGAUGAAAUUACAGGUUUACAUCAGCAUAUCGUUGUGACAGAGGAGCAGGAGGAUGGCAAUGGUGAGGAUGAUGAUGAGGAGGGUGUGCCGUCAUCCAUAGACAAUACAAGCUACAACCCUUCCACUGUAGGUAUUCCUCCAAGCUCCUUCUUGGCACCUACCAUUCAUCAACAAGCAUCCAUCCGAUCCUCCAGCUUAGAGUAUACACCACCACCGCCAGCUUACCAAGACAUGAUGUAUCCACCUUCUUACCGAUCUACGAACUCGGCCAAAGACGAUAAUGUGUCUGUUGUGUAUUGA